AUUGUCAAAACAUAGGGAAGAUGAAAUCAGCGCAGAAGGAGAGAGAAGUAAUGAAGGCAAGUUAAAGAAAUUCCCUAAGAAGAGAAGAACCAAAUUCCAAAAGGGUCAUAAGAAAUGUGGCAAAAGCACUCCAAUAAAUCUUUAUACAAAGAAUCCCUCAAAGCCCUUGAAGCUGAUAUCCAACAUGCCAAUACCCUGGCGGCUGCUCUUCCAAAAGAUUCCGGCGGGCAUGGUGUUAAGAUGAAAUUAGGGUACAGCCCUUUUGCCCCUGUUAUCCUGUUUUUGAUAGAAUGGAUGGAUUAUAGUUGUAGGGAUGUCUUACCCAGUUAUUUAGGACUCCUCCAUGUACUUAUAUAUAAGGUAUAUGUUGAUGGGAUGCCAACAUUGUCAUCAAAGAAAAGAAAAGUUACUCUGAGGGAGUUCUAUGCUGUUACAUACCCUUCCCUCAAACAACUUGAAGGUGAGUUGGAUGAGAGCAAUAAUAACAAUGCAAGUUCACAACUUGUAAAUAACAAAAUAGAUGAAGUUGAUGAAUGUGGAAUAUGCAUGGAGAAUUGUACAAAGAUGGUGCUGCCCAACUGUGGACACUCCUUAUGCAUCACUUGCUUCCAAGACUGGUAUCUUCGAUCUCAAUCCUGUCCUUUUUGUCGAGGCAGCCUAAAUUCAGUUGGCACUAAAGAUUUGUGGGUUCUUACUAGUAACAGUGAUAUAAUUGAUACAACUACUGUCGCAAAACACAAUCUAAGGCGAUUCUAUCUUUACGUCGAUAGUCUGCCUAUGUUGAUGCCUGAGAUGCAUUCCUUCCUUCAUGAUUAUAUGAUCUAGUAACCUUUGGUUAUAGCUGUAUGUAGUUGAAUGGAAUCUGGAUGGUGGGCAAUUGGGUUCAUCAAAAUAUUCAGUAUGUUCCUGUAAAUAUGUAAAGUGUAUAUUAGAAAAGCUGAAGUAUAUUUAGUGUUGCAGGAACUCGGCUUUUUGAUACCCGAGUGCUAAUGUCGACAACAUUGUACAGUAUGUAGAUUCAGGUUCUGCUUAUUAUGUAUAAGCAUAAGUUCUAUCAUGAUUUCAAAUUUUAUCUUUUUGGAGAUUGGCAACAGAAAAGAUCAACUUGUUCUAACAGGAGAUUCGUCUUACUUACAAAUGCUUUGUUCAGUAA